AUCAAAUCAUGAUAAAGGAAAUUAAACCUAUCAGAAAAGCCAUUGACGAAUAGUAAAAGAAACUAGUAGAACAUUGUGGACACACAUCGAUAACUCAAUCAUCACAACCAUCGAACAUGCCCGAAACUUAACGAUAACCCAUCAUCGGCACUUAAAUUAUUAUUAUAAAUAAGCCACUCAUCUUCCUUCAAUCUCAUAAUCACUAGAAUAAUCAUCGGAGAUUUAAUUCCUUCAAAGCUCAAUUCUCUUUUCUUUCUUAUACACAAGACAAAGCUCAUCAAGAAACAUGUCUCUGAUUCCUUCAUUGCUAAGCAACAGGAGCACCUUGCUGGACCCAUUCUCCUCAGACAUAUGGGCACCAUUCGGCUCCAACAACGAGGUUUCGAGCUUCACAAACGCACGUGUGGAUUGGAAGGAGACGCCGGAAGCACACGUGUUCAAAGCGGACUUGCCGGGGCUGAAGAAAGAAGAAGUGAAAGUAGAAGUGGAAGAAGGGCGCGUGCUGCAGAUAAGCGGGGAGAGGCGCGUGGAGAAGGAGGAGAAGAAGGAGGAUGAGAAAUGGCAUAGAGUGGAGAGGGGACGUGGGAAGUUCUUGAGGAAGUUCUGGCUCCCGGAGAAUGCAAAGGUUGAUGAGGUUAAGGCUUCAAUGGAGAAUGGUGUGCUCACUGUUACGGUUCCUAAGUUGCCGGAGAAGAAGCCUGAGGUCAAAACCAUUGAGAUCUCUGGCUGAGUUGUAAUGAUGUUUUGAUUUGGAUGAUGAUAAUGAUGCAUGAUUGUGUUUUUGGAUUUUCAGUUGGUUUCUUUGAUUUUAUGUUCGUUAUGUUUGGGAAAGUUCAAUAAUUGAGAUGUGUGUAAGUGUGAAAUUGUGUUUGGUUAAGUAAAUCACCAUGUCGA